AUGGAAAUUAAUGAUAUGCAGAUGAUAGCCGAUCAAAAUAUUUUCAAAGAAUCCGAUGAAAUUAAAAUAAUUGACCAAUUGGAACCUUGUGAAAUCUUUCCUAGAAAAUAUGCCGUUGAAUUGCCUUCGCUUUGUCAAGACUCAUUCGAUCAAGCUCUGGCGAAUUCUUUGUUUAACUUAACAAAUCCGCAGCCAUUAGCACUUUACAUAUAUGAUGCUCGAAGCGUAAAUACAGAUGUUUUCAAUGCACUUGUUUUACAUUCUGAAUCAAUUAAUAUGUAUCUUGCUGCACAAUUUUCAGUAUGGAAAUGGGAUCUAACAGAAGAAAAUUAUCAUGAACUGUUGACAACAGUAGCAGUUCAUGCAGGUGAGGAAGUGGCAGCAAUGAUUGAUUCUUCACCAAAUGAAGUUUAUCCACUACUCUUAUGUCUGAUAUUCGAUCGGGGACAAAUAAAAGUUGAAGGUGUUAUUCAAAAUAUGUUUUCCGAAAAUGAAGCAUUAGCUGUUUUAAUUCAAGCUCGGGAUGUAUUCAAUGCUCGAUUUGAAUUGCCAGAUACGAGUGGUUUAAAUUUAAGAAGUAUAUCAACAGAAAACUGGUCGAUACCUGCAAGUACUUUGACAGAAGUGCCGAAACAGUCAGUUGAAUUUCGAAGAGUUGCUGCUGAUUUCGACGGUGGAGCAUCAUCGGUUGUUCGUAUUGAUCGAAUCGAAAACACGAUAUGGCUAAUGCAGUAUCUCAAUCAGAAAGACAUUGUUGACGCUCGACUUGGAUACGCUGAUACAGAAAAACUAUUAUUUCAUGGUUGUGCAUAUGGAGCAGCUGGACAGAUUCUUGAGGAAGCUUUUGAUCAUAAUCGCAUCGGAAGACAUGGUACAUCUUACGGUCAUGGAUUUUAUUUUUCAUCAAGUCGAUUAAUGAGUGACAGAUAUGCUGCAGCGAAUCCAACUACAGGGGAAAAACGAAUACUUAUGUGUCGUGUACUUGUUGGUCGAAGUUGCAGAGGUGAUUCAUCGAUGACAGCAUGUCCACUGACUUAUGAUUCAACUUCAAACGAUUCAGAUAUUCAUGUAGUUUAUUCAAAUCGACAUGUUUUACCAGAAUACCUAAUAACCUAUAAAUGA